UCGAGCAUUUGCCAGCAGAGGGUGGCAACAUUAUAUCUGUUCCGCGGUUCAUCGACGAGGUUAUUUUUUGUGUGACUUGCUGGGUAUCUCCCUACCGUAGUAUUUUUUCGCGUUUGUUUCGCUAUCGGUAUCGGUAUCCUAUAGGUUCCCCUCCUUCCCGUCUGGGGAAAAUGUUUGUGUGCCGAAGAGGGAAUUUCGCGGAGGCUUCUCGUGUGUAAACUUUGUUUUCGGCAAGGAAGUCAGUUUAUCACUUUUAUGGGCUCGUCGAAACUACUCUCGAAUAAUCGGUGUGUAAGCGAGAAGAAAUUAAGCACCAGUGUUGAUCGAUAGGUUCGCUAAUUAUCAAAACAGAACACGUUUUCCCGUAGGUGGUGUGUGAACUCUUCCGCAAACGCAACGCAUCGGCAAUUUAGCAGCAGUAGCAUCAGGAGUCAGGUGAAAUAAUGGACACGGCUGGGGCGGAACUGUGUCAGUGCUACUGCCGUGGAGACGAUAAUAAGGAAACUAGAACAGAUAGAAAGUGAUGGUGGUGAAGUUGUGUGUUUUGUUUCGCGAUUUGAAUAGUGAUAAUUAGGUGUAAGGAAAGGCACAACAGCAGCCGUUUAUCCGCUCUUUGGAAGAAUUCGACGAUGGAAGUUUGCUGCUUGAAAAUGGCAUCCAGAUGCAGACCGACGAGAUCCAUCAAGGACAUCACGCAGUUGGCGACGGCUGGCUCUUCGCAUGACUGCGGCUCAUUGUCCCGGGUGGUCAUGGUGCGGAAAACUGAUCAACGCGUCAUCAAUCAUAAGGGUAGUCAGAAGGAUCCACUAUGUGAAGUCAUCACAAUGGAAACGAUUCAAACGUACAAGGGACACAAACCGGAUCGCACGGUAGUUUUCAAGGAGAAAUUCGACCUAACCGGGAAUGACAUGACCAAGUCACUCUCCACCAGCAAGUUGAUGGGGUCACCUCGGCUGUCGAUCAGCCCUCUUAGAACGGUUCUCACCACCACAACCGAGCUGGAACAGCAGAGUGCUUCGACCAGAUCGGCAAUUAAGAGCGAUCGCAACAACAACUGCACCACUUCAACAAUAGUCACUAGUCAUGCAGUUUUGAAAGAACAACGUCAUAAAUCGUUGGAUAGGAGCAAUAACAAUAGCAGCAAUCGGAAUGAAUUCACUCCGUUAACUCCGAAGUCAACGAGGUGUUCCAAAAGUCCAUCAAUCGGUAUUCUACGACAGAAGUCCCCAUCGCUGUCGGCGUCGCAGAACUCACUGCGGCGGUCACUAUUCAACGACUUCGAACUGGAAUGUCUGAAAGCCCACAACGAGUACCGGACCAAGCAUGGCGUUUUGCCACUUAAAUUGAACAAGCGACUGUGCAGGUACGCUGAAGAAUGGGCCAAGGUUAUUGCCGCGCGAGGGGUGCUGGUUCACCGAAGUAAUUCGCAGUACGGCGAGAACAUUUUCUGUUCGUGGAGUUCGCCGAACGCGACGGUCGUCAUCACCGGACGGGAACCGGUGGAGAAUUGGUACAGCGAGGAAUCUACGCACGUGUACGGAAAGGAACCGGCCACGCUCAAGACUGGUCACUUUACGCAGGUCGUAUGGAAGGACAGUCGGGAGCUGGGAAUCGCGGUUGCCCGCAAUAGGUCCGGCCAGGUCUUUGUGGUGGCUAAUUAUGAUCCCCCCGGAAACUACAUCGGUAGUUUUGCGAAGAAUGUCCCCCCACCGGGAGGAUUCGAGAUACCAAAGAUAAUCGUAGACAAGCUGACUAGCGAAACAAGCAAGACCUCGACCGUGAAGGUGGAGAAACACGUUCGGAUAGUGGACGAAAAUGAUCCGGACCAGUUCGAUGAAUUUUCGCAGACAAUGCUCCGUCAUCACAAUGAACAUCGCCGCAGGCACGGUGCUCCCGAUUUAGUUUUGCACAAAGAACUAGUCCGGGACGCGCAACAAUGGGCGGAAAUUCUGGCGCGAGACGAUCGGUUCACGUACCGUCAGAACUCAAAAUAUGGAGAAAACCUUUACUGUCUGUGGUCCUCGGAUAGGCACGCCAAACCUAGCGCCAAAGAUGUUUGCCGGUCGUGGUACGAGGAAGUGAAGCAGUACCCCUUCAAUCAAGAACCUCGGGGAGUGAUCAAGGGCGGUCAGUUUACCCAGAUGGUCUGGAAGGGUACCAAAGAGCUGGGCGUGGGUAUUGGUCAAACGCGCAGCGGCAAAGUAAUAGUGGUGUGCACUUACUAUCCAAGAGGAAAUGUUCUGGGACAGUUCAUGGCCAACGUCCAAAAGCGAUCCGUCUAAAAUCCAAGUAUCACCGCUUUUAGUCCACACGUCAAGCACAAACGCACUCACUCAAAUAUCAGGUCUCAAUUCAUGCCUUAUGUAAUAUUCGAAUCGAUUACAUCCCAUAAACGUUGUAAAUAACCUGCUACUAGACAAGACUCCUUUAUACAAAUGAAGAAUAACAUUCAUUCUAACCUGAUGCAAGAUGCCUUCGAUCAGAAAUGAGUCCCUCUAACACACAUAGGUCGCAUUUGUCCUUUUCUUAUAAAAGUCCAGUGUUGUAUCCAAGUCGGCACAUGCGCAUAUGUAAUUUUCAUCCAAGCUUUUUAUAUCGGACAUGAUUUAUAGUAGUAAACGGACAGCACAAAAGAAGUUUGCCAUAAGUACGGAAAAUGUUUGUAGAAGUUAAUCAACGCAUAUACUUAAGGCCAAUUCAAAAUUUAUAAUAAUCUUCAAAGUAAUUUUGUAUUGAUAAAUUUGAUCCACUUAAGCUCACUUAUAAAUCACUUAUAAAGCAUUUGUAUGUGUAGAACAAAACAUUUUUGGUAAUGGUUACCCAUUAAUAUUUAUAGCAGUAUGAAAUACGAAGAGAUAGCGCUUGAUUCGCCAUACACUCUGUGUCAUUUAAAAGUUCGAGUAAGAUUGACGUAAAAGAAAUUAAAUCUUUUAAAUUA